AUGCAAACCGAAGAAAAACGUCCGAAACAAGCAGUUGAUUUGGCUUCUUUAGAGCCCAAUACAAGAGUUAAGCAGUUGGCGAAUUAUGGUGCAAUGGUUGACGUAGACCCGAAUGUUCCACCGAGGAGGUAUUACAGAUCAGGCUUGGAGAUGGUCAGAAUGGCAAAUGUUUAUUUAACGGAAGGUAGUCUUGAAAAUGCUUACAUUCUGUACAUAAAAUUCAUGACAUUAUUCCUGGAGAAGAUACGCAAGCACCCCGAAUAUGCAGCGGUGCCACCCUCCGUGAAGGCUGUAAAUCAGGCCAAACUGAAAGAAGUCAUGCCGAAAGCUGAAAAACUGAAACAAAAGCUGCUUGAUCAAUAUGCUAAAGAACAUGUUCUCUAUCAGGAAGAGGAAAAAAAGCGUGCAGCGGCAGAAGAAGAACGGAAAAAGCAAGAACGAGAAGAUGCAAAACUGGCUGAACGCCUUCAAGCUGAUGAGAACAAAAAAGAUGCGCACACGACUACACCACACCUGAUGCAUGCUGAACAAUGGGCGGUGUCCCCGUCGGUGCCCACGAUGGAUGGCGUGCGCUACCCAGAUGACUUCGCCAACGAGCCGCCGAGAGCGCCGUCGCAUCAUUACCAGCCCGUGCCGCCGCUCAUCCCACCCUCACGACCACAAGCUGGCAGUGCGAGCGUGGAGACGUUGUUCGGCGCGGCGCGGCUGCGCACGGUGCUGGUGCCGGCCGCGCUGCUGGCUCGCUUCCUGCGCCUCGCCGCCUCCAACACCGCGCGCAACGUCGAGACCUGCGGCAUCCUCGCCGGCAUACUGGAGCGCGACCAGCUAAAGAUAACACACGUGAUAGUGCCCAAGCAGACGGGCACGCCAGACUCGUGCAGCACCAACAACGAGGAGGAGAUCUUCCACUACCAAGACCAACAGAAUCUCAUCACUUUAGGGUGGAUCCAUACUCACCCGACACAGACGGCGUUCCUGUCGUCAGUGGACCUCCACACGCAGUGCUCCUACCAGCUCAUGAUGCCCGAGGCUAUCGCUAUCGUAUGCGCUCCUAAAUACAACGAGACUGGUUAUUUCGCAUUGACACCGGACUAUGGGAUGCAGUUCAUCACCAACUGUAGGCUGACCGGUUUUCAUCCACACCCUGAUGAUCCACCUCUGUUCCAUACGGUAACACAUAUAAAGGUGGACGACUCCGCGCCCGUCGAGAUCGUUGACCUCAGGAGAUGA